GCAAGGCUGACUAGGGGGAAGAUUUGCUUUAGAGUUGUUUUAGAGGCUUUUUUUUUCCCCUGUACAUGUACAAGUUGUGAAAGACUUACUUUCUGAGAACACAGAAGUAAGAGGAAGACCGAGACAGACGAGCAGAACAAGAGGAUUUAUUUAUACAUACUUUUUUUUUUCUUAAUCAACUUGAGAGCACGUGGCAGCCGGUCCUGCCACAGGACUACUCACACAGGAGUGAGGUCAUUCAGGAAAUUUGUUCCCUCCAGCAUAGCUCCUCCAGUUUUGCUUCUUAAUUAGACACCAGAAACAGAGAAGAGACAAUGGUGGCUGGAAUGGUGAUGCCGUUGGCGGACCUGAGGGCGAUUUACGAGCUGCUCUUUCGGGAUGGCGUUUUGGUGGCCAAGAAGGACAAGCGCCCGCAGAGCAAGCACCCGGAGGUGCGCGGGGUCACCAACCUGCAGGUGAUGAGGGCCAUGGGCUCCCUCAAAUCCAGGGGCUAUGUGAGGGAGACCUUUGCCUGGAGGCACUUCUACUGGUACCUCACCAACGAGGGCAUCGUGUACCUGCGCGACUACCUGCGGCUGCCCGCUGAGAUCGUGCCCUCGUCCCUGCAGAGGGUGCGCCGCCCAGCCACCACCUUGAACGUGGUGCAGAGGGCCGCACGGGUCCAGACGGUGGAAGGCCCCAUGUCCUAUGCCCCCAAACCUGCCUCCAGGGCUGGGACAGAGUCCCAGGAGUCCCUGAUGGACAGACAGGGUUACCGGCGCAAGAGGAUGACCGCCGCCGAAGAGGAGGAAGCACAGACUGAGAGGACGCCGAGGUUCAGGGGCCGUCCAAUCGCUGCCGAGCCACCAAGGUCCAGGGCAUCAUGGGAGUUUGUGGCCCAGAGCCAGCAGGCCCUGAGGAAUGGGGAAGUGUCCCACAAAGAAGUGAGAGUGAUGGAGGAAAGCCAGGUGAAGAGAGCCUCCAUGGUCAAAUUCUCUCAGCUGCCUCCUGAUACUAAGAGUGCUAAAACCACCAUGGCGGUGACAUCAGAGGAGAGGGCCCUUCCCCUGGACCAUAAGGGGAGUGCUCAAAUGGCUGGGGUGCAGAAAAUCACUGCGACCAAUGAUGCAAAGGCAGUUGCUGAACCGGUCGCUACAAAACCAAUGGCAGCCAUAGCAGCACCAGUUGCAGGGGCAACAGCAGCAGCAGCUGCAGUUGCCAUGACAAUGGCUGCUAUGCCCUCUAAAGGAGGAAAAGAAAAGGCCAAGAAGAUGGUUGCGGAGCAGGUCUCCCAGGAGACCCCUAAACAGCUUCUGGACCAGUCACCUCACCCAGCCAGAGAGGUGAUGGAUAAAACUGAGAGGACCACAGAGGUGAAGGCAACAUGGGAACCUCCAAAAAAAACGGCCAAAGAAAAUGUCACAGCCACACUGCUGCCACCUACAAGCCCAGCCUCUGGUGCCAUUGAAAAGGCAGAAGCUCAGGUCUGCGUGGCGGAGGCGGCAUGGGUGGCUUCCAAACCACCCAAGCCCAAACCCACACCCCGUGACACAGAAGUCACCGUCAAGGCUGAGGUGACGACUGAGGUGAUCACACAGGUGUCGCACAAAAAGACACUGAAGAUUAGUGAGACCCAGAAAUCACCAGAGCCAACUGUGGGAACAGCAUCGGCUGUGGCUGUGGCAACUGAAGCUCCACCUCCCACCAAGGUGGAUAAGAGCAAGAUUAAGAAGACCUCUGAGGUUAAGUUGACGCAAGAAACUCCCAAACCAGAGUUGGGAAAACUCCCAACCAAACCAGCAGUGGCACCUGCAGCAGGAGAGGGCGUGGCUACGCCCGCCGUCCAGGCGAAGACAACAGCUCAGACGGCCCCCGCUGAUGCACAGCGGGCUCCCAAGUCGUCCAAUGAAAAUGCCAUUGCCGAGCUGACGUCACCACCAGUGCCAGCAGCAAAGGAGACCCCAGCGGAGACCCCAGUGGAGAUCCCAGACCCCACACGCAAAGGUCCUGACAAGCUCCUCAACGGACGUGCCGUGCAAGAGAGCUCUAAACCUUCCUCAGAGAUUAUUGCGUCUAAAUCGGCAGCUCUCGUGCAGGCUGGGGCAGCGGGCCCCACCGAAGAGGUAAAGGUGACCACACAGGAGACGGUCCAGGUGACACACACCAGCUGCAGCUGCAAGAUCUGA